AUGCCGAGGGGUAGAUCAAAACCCGGCAGAGGUGAGACCGGCAGGUUGGGGCGCCAAAUACAAGAACGCAUUCCGGGCAUCGCAAUUCUGACAAGACCAAACGAAGCCCUAAUGGAGGACAAACGCACACGUCUGUAUGAACGACGAAAAUGUCCGGCAGACAAGGAAGCUGAGCCAGACAGGCCGAGAUGUGGAAAUGAGAUGGGGAUUUGUUGCCGUCUCAACCGGCGGAUCAGAGAUGCCCAGACAGACUCGCAGACCCAAGCAUACCUUGGAACGGUAGAGGAGGCGAGAAGGGCCGUCCGCGCUUCGAGGGGACUGAUUGUGUCUGCGACAGCCGGCAACGACGUCAAGUCGGCUUUGACAAACGAGAUGGCGCACCGAUUGCCACAUCCACGUCUUGUUCACACCCAGCGCCAGCCCAACAGGCAGGCCUCAAACGCCGGUGAAAUCUUCUUCUCGGACCCGCCGACAGUGCUCGUGACAGAUUGGGCGCCCACUCAAGCGCCAUACUCAAAGUAUGGUGCUUUGAGGAGGCAACUUCUAAAGAGGCUUCGAAGUAAGGCUUCUUUAAAGGUAGAAUAA